CGGCACAGGUUUGUCAGAUACCCCGUGCAUGGCAUGGUUGACAGGAUAGUCGGCGAUUGGGGCGGGAUAACUUCUUAUACAUUAGUCUAUCCACUUGUUACAAAAGUUAAACAUAAAAAUCAGGACUAACUCGAUUUCUUCCAGUCGUGUCGCCAGCUGUCCUCGCUCUGCGGUCGCGUCUUUUCUCUCUUGUCAUUGCUCGGGUUAGCUAACCAACGUUAACGUUGCUCUGUGCGAAAAUGGCGGAUGUACAGUCAGAGAAGAGUCUGGAUGAUUUCUUUGCUAAGCGGGAUAAAAAGAAGAAGAAAGAGAAGGGCAAGGGGAAGGAAACCACGACCGGGCCCGCGACGGCCGCGGUGAAAAAGAUGAAGAAAGAGAAGGAGAAAUCUGCGAAAAACGAAAACCAGGACGCUCAAGUAGAGAAGGAGGACGAGGAAUGGAAAGAGUUUGAGCAGAAAGAAGUAGACUACACUGGGCUUCGGCUCCAGGCUUUACAGAUCAGUGACGAAAAAGAGGAAGAGGAGUAUGAGAAGGAGGAGGUAGGAGAGGAUGGAGAGAUCAUUCUGGUCAGCGGAGAUAAAGUGUCCGGUCCCUGGAACAAAUCUGGCGGUGCUCCUCCUCCUGCUGCCUCACCUGUGGAGGAAGAGGAGGCCCCUGAAGCGAAGCCUGCAGGAGUCUAUCGUCCUCCAGGCGCCCGACUGACCCCCAGCAGAAGAGCCCAGAACCAAGGUCCGCCUGAGAUCUUCAGCGACACACAGUUCCCCUCACUGCUGUCCACCGCUAAGCACGUCGAGACUCGCAAAGACAGAGAAAUGGAGAAGACCUUUGAGGUUGUGAAACACAAAAACCGCGGCAGAGAAGAGACCGGCAGCGCCUCCGUGGAGCACUUGCAGCUCGACAACCAGUACGCCAUCCUGGGGGACAAGUAGAGCUGCAUUCCCGACCCCCUGCCCCCUUCCUCCCCCAGCACAGUCCCCCCUCGAAGGAAGCUGAACUCCAGCUGUGCUGGCUGCAGUCCUAAAAAAAAAAAAAAUCUCCUUUUGCCACCACCCUUUACACCACUCACUCACUCACACGGUCAUACACAACACCCCCUGCAGACACACUCCCUUUAAACAAUUCACUCAACACGGUUUGGUUGGCAAAACUAUAGGAUUGCAUCAGAAGGGGCUGACAAAAAAGGGGAAUAAGGAAACCCGAACGUGCAACGCUGCAGCAACAACAAACAGAGAAGUAGUUGCCCUUUGUGGAUUGUUUUCAGAGCAGCAGUUGUGUGGCAGAAUUUCUCUCUGGACUUCAUCUUGCUUUGACAAAGCCACAGAGGAUCAAAGAGGACUUUAGGCACGAUGAUCUUACAAACUUCUGUGAAAAUACCUAUUUUUUUGCGAGAUCUUUACAACCCAAUCACACGUGGUUAUAUUGAGGUGUGUUUAUGUGUUGCGUUUGGGGCUUCACGAGGCGGGGGGUGUGGGAUGCUACCGCAGCGGCACAGCUGGUGGCAACGACAUGGACUGAGCUUUUUCUGUGUUGCUGUGGUGGUUAAAAAGAGGCGGAGCUAACACCGAGCUCCUCCCACUUUCCUUCCACAUACAAGCCAGCCUUCAGGCUCUUUGAAUUAGAAACUUUAAGCAUUUUUUUCUUUUUCCAGUUCAUUCGUUGACGAUGACACUGCAAAGAUCAACAACACAAAGCGAUAAGUUGCAUUUCUCAUCUAGAGUUUCUAUAUAAAGUGGCCUUAUUGAUGGAGAGCGACUGUCAUCUGAAGGGUUGUCUGAUAGGCCGGUUUCUGCCUCUGGAUCGAACCACUUUCAUCAAACUAAGAGGGGGGGAAUCAAAGCAGGAAUGUAGUGCUGUUGUAGUUUGCCUGAUGAUGAAGAUGAUGAUAACAACUACUAACUCUUUCAUAUCCAAUGUUUGAACUUACUGCUCCUUAUUUUUAUUUUUCUUCCAACAUCUGAGAAAGAAUAAUUAAAGCUUGUUUCUAAUCCUGCAUCGUUCGGUUUUGGUAACAAACGCUUCGCUUUGGUUUGACACCAGGAAGUCACAGCCUUAAUAUUGGGUUUUAAUUGAGGCUUUUCAUUGGUCAUCUGGGGUUUAGUCCUUUUGGAAAUCAUGGCAUUUGUGAAUAAUUUGACAUCUGGAAGCAUUCAGUUAUUACCAUUUGUGUCUCCCCCCCUAAAGUCAGUAAUCUUCUGUCACAAAACAGCAGCAACACCAGUUAAAAUGCACAAUUAUUCUUUGGAGGAUUAAUAUUUUGGAUAUAUGCCCCUUGUAUGUUCUUCCCCCAUGAAACGAAGACCUUUGGAUGAAACCAGAUCAUAUCCAUGAUGAGAAGAAGAUGAUUAUUUUAUUUUUCUUUGAUCUGUUUACAGAAAAGUAAUUGUUAAUCUAUGAACCCAUAGGCUUGUAUGAACCCUUCUGUUCCUCUCACAAAAACAUCAUUAACUCCCAUGUGGUCUCAUUUUAUCAGAGCAGGUGUUCCUGUCUUUCCCUCUUGUGUUUGAGCAGAUGAUUCAUGAAUAAAAGUUCCAGCUCUUUGGAGAAAUAAGAAAAAGUAUUACAUAAUCUUAUACCAAGCAUAAUAACAAAUUAAAAAAUAAAGUUUUCUCUAAAAGCUGA